CUUUGCGUUCUUAAAAUUCGAAAACUGGGAGGGAAUUUUGACGGAUCCGAAUCGUAUGUAUAAUUAGAAUUGUAUCUGUUUCUUAUCGAAGCAAUGGGACUCAUUUUAACGUCUUUUAGUUCAAUAAUAUCUUGAUUACUUACACUCGAUUGUGCUGACGAUACUUUGGAUCCUAAAAAUUAAUAAAUAAGUUAUUAAAUUCGGAUUGUAAUACACAGAUGGCGUUGAAAAUCAUUUUUAAGUGACGUAAUUAGCAAACAGAAUUCGUUCAGGCGAGUCCAUUGUUUAUUUCGAGGGGUUUCCGUUUGAAUUUUCAUUUAGUUUAAAGUCGGUGACUGAUUUUUGUGUGUUUCUCUUAUUUGUUUUAAAAAUAACUUAUAAAGUGAUGAAAAAUUAGUUUAUCUCCCAAAAGUGUGUGUAUAAUUUGCUUAUUUCCGUUUUAUUUGUGAUAUGAGUUGCUGAGUUAUAUUCUGAAUAACGUACAUUUUGUGUAAACGAAUCUUGUGAUAUAGUGUGUAAAUUUGAACACUUAGUUUAAACGUUAUUAAUAAAAAACAGAGGUUUUGAAAAAAAGUGAACUAAAAAAAUAAUGGAAUACCAAUAAAUCAUUGUUGAUUUCCGGUUUGGAAUCGUUGUUCCUCCGUAACGGUUUACCUCUGGAACGGAACGUUCUCAAUCAAAACGUAUCUUUACGAAACGUCAUUAUUAAUUUCAAUCCUGGUAAGGAUAACGACGUAUUCAAUACUUCUACGAGGGUGAAUCGAUCUAAUAGAUCCGUCGAUGUCGUCAGCAAAAAUAUAUCUUUGGUAUUGGAGAAUUUGUUGGAAAAUUACGAAAGCAGUCAAUUACCAACUCACGGCAGAAAUGGCCCCACUGUUGUUCAAACGAAUAUAUUGAUAAGAAGCAUGGGGCCGAUAUCGGAAUUAGACAUGGAAUACUCCAUGAAUUGUUAUUUCCGUCAAUAUUGGAGAGAUGAGAGAUUAUCGUUUUUGGGACCGAUAAAAUCUCUUUCUCUUUCGAUAAAAAUGUUGGAGAGAAUUUGGCGACCGGACACAUAUUUUUACAACGGCAAAAAUUCCUAUGUACAUACAAUAACCGUUCCCAAUAAACUCCUGAGGAUAAGUCAGGACGGGGACAUCCUCUAUUCCAUGAGACUAACAAUCAAAGCGAAAUGUCCUAUGGAAUUGAAAAGUUUCCCGAUGGACAGACAAUCGUGUCCGUUAAUAUUCGGAAGUUAUGCUUAUACUUCGAAAGAUUUGAUUUAUCUAUGGCAAAACGGAGAUAGCGUCAAUUUCGUACGUGGUAUGACGUUAUCUCAAUUCGAUCUCAUCAGUUCGCCGUAUCGAAAUAUCACGAUAAACAGACGAGAAGGUGAAUUUUCGGUUUUAGAAGUUUCUUUCAAUUUACAACGUCAUACAGGGUAUUUUUUAAUUCAAGUAUACGUACCGUGUAUUUUAAUCGUUGUAUUAUCGUGGGUGUCUUUUUGGAUACAUCGAGAAGCGACUAGCGACAGAGUGGGUCUAGGUAUAACCACCGUACUUACCAUGUCUACCAUCAGUUUGGAUUCGAGAACCGAUCUACCAAAAGUCAGAUAUGCCACUGCUUUGGAUUGGUUUCUCUUAAUGAGUUUCUUUUACUGCAUAGCAACACUCCUAGAAUUCGCCGGUGUACAUUAUUUCACCAAAGUAGGUAGCGGCGAGAUCCCAAUAGACGAAGACGAUUGGGAGGAUUGUCCAGAAUCUGAAGGUGUUUCGAAUAAAACGGAAACGGAGCUCGAUCCGGCGAAUAAAGACGAAAGACCCCGACGAAGAAAUUCGUUAAUUUGCCCGAUAUACAACGUGAAUUUGCGCUGCGAAAAAAGGUCUUCGCUUGUUUUGGCGCAAGAUUCGUCGCUUCCCCCCUCCGCUGUUCGCUUGACCGUGGAAAGAACUACGCAAACGGAAAACAAACUGCCCAAAUGGAAGCAGCUUUUGUAUUGUCUGAAAGGAGACGACAAAUUCAGGAGACAGAGACAACGCGAAGCGGCUACCUCGAACGGCGCAGGUAGUCAACACGGCAGGGUCAGACACGUCAACAGCGUUUCUCUAAUAGAUAGAACCGCCAGAAUUGUAUUUCCGGCAUCUUUUUGUUUUUUCAAUCUAUUUUAUUGGAUGGCUUAUUUUACUACGCAGGAAAAAUUCAAAUGGGGUGACAACAAAUUGACUUCCGUCAAUCAUUAAAUCGUUUCGAUAUUUGACAAUUGACAUUCGACAACGUGAACUACACAAUCGAACGAUCGCGAAAAAUGACAUUUGACGUGGAACGUUUCUGAAACAUAUAGUUCUAUGUCCAUAUUGUCGGUAUGUCAUUUCGCAUAAAAAAAUUGAUGCUGUGUCAAAAGAAUGACAUUUGACAUUUCAAAUCGUGAUCGUGAAUCAUCUAGUUCCACGUUAAAGAGUCUUCUCUUACCAUUAUUUCAACUGAUUUCUGUGUCUUACUUGACGUAGAUAAAGAAAAACUUAGAACGCCUCGAAUUAAUAACAUUUGACGUUUCAAAUAAUGAAUUUUACUGUCAAAUAGUCCCGAAUCGUAUAGUUCUAUGUCUUAGGUUCUUUUUAUUCAUUUUGAAACUGUCACUCAACAUAGACACCUUUAAAAGUGACAAUUGACAUUCCUAAUCAUAUACUUGACAAUAAAACGUUCCUGAAACGUAUAGUUCUAUGUCACAGUCUGCUUUUAGUAUGUCAUUUUGCAUGAAAAUUCAAACUGUGUCAAAAGAAUGACAUUUGACAUUUCAAAUAACAAUAUUUACGAACGUGGAUCAUCUAGGUCCAUGUCAAAGUCUUCUUUUACCAUUAUUUCAACUGAUUUCUGAGUCUUACUUGACGUAGAUGAAGAAAAACUUAGAACGCCUCAAAUUAAUGACAUUUGACGUUUCAAAUAAUAAAUUUUACUGUCAAAUAGCCACGAAUCGUAAAAUUCUAUGUAUUAGGUUCUUUUUACUCAUUUUCAAACUGUCACUUUACAUAGACACCUUUAAAAGUGACAAUUGACAUUCCUAAUCAUAUACUUGACAAUAAAACGUUCCUGAAACGUAUAGUUCUAUGUCACAGUCUGCUUUCAGUAUGUCAUUUUGCAAGAAAAUUCAAACUGUGUCAAAAGAAUGACAUUUGACAUUUCAAAUAACAAUAUUUACGAACGUGGAUCAUCUAGGUUCAUGUCAAAGUCUUCUUUUACCAUUAUUUCAACUGAUUUCUGAGUCUUACUUGACGUAGAUGAAGAAAAACUUAGAACGCCUCAAAUUAAUGACAUUUGACGUUUCAAAUAAUAAAUUUUACUGUCAAAUAGCCACGAAUCGUAAAAUUCUAUGUAUUAGGUUCUUUUUACUCAUUUUCAAACUGUCACUUUACAUAGACACCUUUAAAAGUGACAAUUGACAUUCCUAAUCAUAUACUUGACAAUAGAACGUUCCUGAAACGUAUAGUUCUAUGUCACAGUCUGCUUUCAGUAUGUCAUUUUGCAAGAAAAUUCAAACUGUGUCAAAAGAAUGACAUUUGACAUUUCAAAUAACAAUAUUUACGAACGUGGAUCAUCUAGGUCCAUGUCAAAGUCUUCUUUUACCAUUAUUUCAACUGAUUUCUGAGUCUCACUUGACGUAGAUGAAGAAAAACUUAGAACGCCUCAAAUUAAUGACAUUUGACGUUUCAAAUAAUUAAUUUUUCUGUCAAAUAGCCACGAAUCAUAAAAUUCUAUGUCUUACGUUCUUUUUACUCAUUUUCAAACUGUCACUUUACAUAGACACCUUUAAAAGUGACAAUUGACAUUCCUAAUCAUAUACUUGACAAUAGAACGUUCCUGAAACGUUUAGUUCUAUGUCACAGUCUGCUUUCAGUAUGUCAUUUUGCAAGAAAUUUCAAACUGUGUCAAAAGAAUGACAUUUGACAUUUCAAAUAACAAUAUUUACGAACGUGGAUCAUCUAGGUUCAUGUCAAAGUCUUCUUUUACCAUUAUUUCAACUGAUUUCUGUGUCUUACUUGACGUAGAUAAAGAAAAACUUAGAACGCCUCGAAUUAAUAACAUUUGACGUUUCAAAUAAUGAAUUUUACUGUCAAAUAGUCCCGAAUCGUAUAGUUCUAUGUCUUUACUUCGUUUUACCAAGUUUCAAACUGCUUUUGAUGUGUCACUUUGCAUAGAUAAAUAGAAAAAUCGAAACUGUAUCAAAUGAAUGACAUUUGUCAUUUAAAAUCAUGAUAUUUUAAUGGAACGACCCCGAAUCAUCUAGUUCCAUGUCAAAACCUUCUACUGCUUUAAAAUGUUUUCGGUGUCUUAGUUGGCAUAGACAAAUAGAAACUAUAGAACGCCUUUAUAAUAAUGACAUUUGACGUUUCUCAUAAUGAAUUCUAUUGUAAAAUAAUUUUGAAUCCCAUAUUUCUAUAUCUUCAUUUCUUUUUACUAUCUUUUAAAUUCUUUUUGAAUAGAUAAAUCGAAACUGUCAAAAGAAUGACAUUUCAAAUCAUGGAACUUUCAAUUUAACGAUGCUGAAUCUAGUUCCAUGUCAAAAUCUUCUUUCAAGAUUUCAACUGCUUAUGGUAGUCUACCUAAACAUAGACAAAUAGAAACCUUAGAACGCCUUUAUAAUAAUGACAUUUGACGUUUCACAUCAUAAUCAUCUUUUAUUUGGUAGAUUAUGUAGCUGAUCACAACCAUUCGAAUCAAUUCCAUACAUUUUUGCUCAUAUAAUUAUUGACCAGUAGCGUUUGAUUUCGAUUUCAUUCGAAUGAUAAUCGAUUGCUCAUUCAAUCGAUUCGUAUAGGAGAGCGUCUAAUAUCAGAUCGAUCGGUUCGAUUUCCCCGUCGGGUUCCGAAAAGAGGAAAAUAAAAGAAUUUUAUGUCGAACAUUACAAUUUAUUGUGAACAAAUUAGUAAAAUAAAUAAACAUUGACUUAUAACCUACAAUUUUAUGACAUAAUCGAUCAGUCAAAUAAUACAAUACUGACAAAGUGAAUGGUGUAUUUCCUUUAUUGGAAUAAUGAAAUAAAUAACACCAUAAUAGGACGGUUGGUUAUGGAAACACGAUUUAGGAUACUCGUAAACAUAAUCGGUACCAGGAGAAACACUAAAAACACCUUAAAAUAGAUAUUUCCUACUGUUAAUUGGGCGAAAUAUUGCCGAUGUGAUUGAAAAUUCGAAAGGACAUAUUUUUUUCACUGACACAUCUGUCAUAUGUCAAAUUUUGAAGUUUACAAAAUGGCGGCGAAAUAUUUUAUAAAACAUGUGUCAGAUGUCAAAAAGUUGUGAUGAAGAAAUGGCGGUGUACACUAAUUGGUGGAAUGAAAAUAAAUUGAGAUUUUACCAAGGAACAGUCGAGAUAAAUUGUGAUCUACUUGAAAUGGCGACAAAUUUUUCAUAGGUCAAAAAACAACUGUCACAUGUCAAUAAGUUACCAUGCGGUAGACAAAAUGGAGAAAAAUAUGGGAAAAUAGUGAAAAUUUCCUGUAGUAUGAAAGCAGUGAAUGUGUGUUAAUGAAAAAGUCACAAAAAUAGAAGAAAUGGUGGAAAAUGAAAGGAAUGUAUCGAAAAAAACUGCAAAUACCAAAAAAAAUUACUAAAUUUGUGAAAAUUUGUUUCGCAGCCACCAGAAUGUUUAGUUUUGGUGGAAUUAACGCUUUUUUUAAGAAAAAAUAUUCCUUUGGAUUGUUUUACCAAUGCUGUAUAAAUUUAUGUGAGAAAAAAAUAUAAAAAAUCAAACAGCAAAAAUAUUUUUUUUUCAACGUCCUUGGUACUUAUUGGUAACUUUCUAAUUUCAGCUUUACCUAAAAUUAUUUUUGAAUUAACCGAGCUUACUUAGUAAGUUUCAUCAUCUUAAAGACGCUUCGGAAUGAUUAAAAUAAGCUACAAUCCUAAUAAAUAAGAAUUUGGUAUUUUUUCAUCCUUUAUAUUCACAUAUCCAAAAUUAGACUUCAAUUAUUUUCAAAGGUGAGAUUUUACGAAGGUUUUUAAACCAAACAUUGAAUAUUUACAAUCAAAUUUGAACUUGAAAGUCAUUUUUUAAUCAAUUUAAGACAGAUGUACAUCAAUUUCUUGGACUUCGCUUUUGUGAUUAAAUAAACAAUAAAAAUAAAUAAAA